GUUCCCCUUGCUUUGGAAUCCUUAGCUUCCCAUGCAUCUGUAACUGGAACUGGGGGGGUUUCUGUAAUCACCUCAAACAAACCCUCUUUCCGCAGAAUUGCCUCUGCAUACAGAACCCAGUCGGCAUAAUUUUUCUUGUUGAGCUUGGGAAUCCCACAAGCAUCCUGAAGGGCCAUCAUGACUCUGGCAUUAGCCUUCAGCGUCAUAUAUGCUGCUUUAAAUCUUGCUGCGUCACUGCUGCAGCUGCCUUAUUCCAAAAGCGCACUUAAAAGUUACUUUCGAUUUCCCCAGCAUAGUGACUUGUGCCUGGGAGCCUUUUGCCUAUUCCCGGCAAAACCGGCUUUAAAGGUUCAAAGUCCAGCCAUAAAGCCAUUAACUUGAAGCUGGCAGGCUGCCCGGAGCAGUAGCACAUACCUCAUCAAUCACCUCUACGCGCAGAGCAGAUUCCGUUUCCGAUCUGUCCCUCUGCAUUCCGAUCCUUUGCUGGCACUCCGAUUCGACUUCUGGAGCCCAUAACCACGUGUUAAAUUAAAGCAGAGUCUCGUGCCCAGCGGAAGGAUGAGGAGUACGUGCUGCAUACUCUAUAUUGCUUUAUUUACAGUUCAAAGCUGGUAUAUUACAGAAAGACAUCUUGCCUCUGCCGGAGCAGAAAAUGCAUCCUCUCUCCUCGACAGCUCGGAGAGAAACACACAGUGAAAAACAGGAAACCAGUGUACGUCACAUCCAGCCUCCCUUUCCCGUGAGAAACUCCAACAGUACAGACUGUGGAAUGUAAACACCUGUCUCGUGACAAGCCCUUUCGCUGCACAGUGAAGGAAAGCAGAAACCAACAGAACCUCCUUUCUCCUCCUGAGGCGAUUCCGUCCCUGCUUUAUUUCACCCGCGGCGCGCCGGAAACGGCCUUCGGAGACCGGAAGCGCCCCUUUGCGCAGGCGCAGAACCUCCUUUCUCCUCCUGAGGCGAUUCCGUCCCCGCCUUAUUUCACCCGCGGCGCGCCGGAAACCGCCUUCGGCGACCGGAAGCGCCCCUUUGCGCAGGCGCAGAGCCUCCUUUCUCCUCCUGAGGCGAUUCCGUCCCUGCUUUAUUUCACCCGCGGCGCGCCGGAAACGGCCUUCGGCGACCGGAAGCGCCCCUUUGCGCAGGCGCAGAACCUCCUUUCGCCUCCUGAGGCGAUUCCGUCCCCGCCCUAUUUCACCCGCGGCGCGCCGGAAACGGCCUUCGGCGACCGGAAGCGCCCCUUUGCGCAGGCGCAGAGCCUCCUUUCUCCUCCUGAGGCGAUUCCGUCCCCGCCUUAUUUCACCCGCGGCGCGCCGGAAACCGCCUUCGGCGACCGGAAGCGCCCCUUUGCGCAGGCGCAGGGCCUCCUUUCUCCUCCUGAGGUGGCUGAGGCGAUUCCGUCCCCUCCUUAUUUCGCCCUCGGCGCGCCGGAAGCCGCCUUCGGCGAGCGGAAGCGUUCCUCCGCGCAGGCGCAGAGAGGCGUUUACCCCCCCUGAGGCGGCUGAGGCGAUUCCGUCCCCGCCCUAUUUCACCCUCGGCGCGCCGGAAGCCGCCUUCGGCGAGCGGAAGCGUUCCUCCGCGCAGGCGCAGAGCGGCGGCGGCUUGUCCCCCUGCGUGAGGCGGCCUCGGCGGCGGCGGCGAUGCUGUUCUCCCUGCGGGAGCUGGUUCAGUGGCUGGGCUUCGCGCCCCUGGAGCUGCUCCUGCAGGCGCUGGCGCUGCUGGCGGCGUCGGCGCUGCUGGUGCUGAAGGCGGACGGCGGGGAGUCCGGGGCGGCGCUGAGCUGGUGGGCGGUGCUGGCGGCCUUCUUCGCGGCCGACGGGCUGAGCGCCUACUUCAGCACCAUCGUGUCGGUGCGGCUCUUCCAGGACGGCGAGAAGCGGCUGGCGGUGCUGCGGCUGCUGUGGGUGCUGACGCUGCUGAGCCUCAAGUUCGUCUUCGAGGUGCUGCUGGGCCAGAAGCUGGCGGGCCAGAGCCGGGAGCUGUGGUUCGGGCUGCUGCUCUCGCCCGUCUUCAUCCUGCUGCAGCUGCUGAUGAUCCGGGCCUGCAGGGUCAACUAGGGGCCCGGGGAGGGAGGGAGGGAAGGAAGAAGCACAGCCAGGAGGAGGACGACGGUGAAAGCGAAAUAUAAGGCCGGGGAAAGGAGAGGAAGGCAAAGGGAGUGAAAAGGAAAGAAAGGCAAAGGAAAGAAGCAAAGCAAGGCAAGGGAAAGAAACCGAAAGAAAGGCAAGCGCACAAGACACACACACACCCCACAUCCACCUGCAGCAGCGGCUGAGCACGGAGAAAGGAGGCGGAAGAAAGCAAAGCACGCAUGCAGCAGCUGAGCGCUUGGAUCUGGCCCAGGGAGAAGAGGCGGAGGAGAGCAAAGCAACAAACACCCCCACCAUACACCUGGGAGAGGAGGCGGAGGAGAGAGAGGCAAGACCAAGCAAGAACGCCGUCCACACCUGCCACACCAGCAGAGCGCUCUGGACUGUGCCACAGAGAGGAGGUGGAGGAGAGCAAUGCAAAGCAAACACAACUCUGGCCGGCUGAGCUCUCAGGACCCGCCUAGACAGAGGAGGCAGCGGCAGGGCUCAGCUCCUCUUCCACGGCCACCUACCCAAAGCAUCCUGAUGCUCCUUCCCACUGCGCCAUCACGGCAAGGAACUGCACCCGCCCUGCAUGUACCGGGGUGACUGCUUUUGCAUCCUCGCUUGGGCCCUGCAGUGCUGCCCUCGGACCCUUUGCCGCCCCGUGAGCCUAUCGGACCCUCCCUCCCCCCAAAAAAGGUUGCACCCCUGGGGUAGUUAUUUAAGAAUAAAAACUCACAACCUGGGAGAAAUAUUAGCAGCGAUCUCUGAAUUGCAGGGGGUUGAACUAGAGGACUUUGGGGGUCCUUCCAACUCUGUGAUGAUUCUGUGGAUAUCUUUCCCCAUCCUGGAAUGGCCAUUGCGUGCAUCCCGCCAACUCCUACAUUCCUGGUAUCAUAGAGCAAAAACAAGUUUGCCAGCGUCUUCUGAACAUGUGCAGUUUUGCAAUUUAUUUAUUUUUUAGGACACUUCAUCAUUGUACCACCAGGAAUGAAAUGAAACCUUCCGGCCCUUUCAAGUCUGCCCUGAUACCAGAAAGGUUUACUUGAGAGUGGAGGGAUGGCACCAGUUUGUUUAGAAAAACAAUAAAAGUUUAAAAAAUACAAAAAUGAGG